AUUCAUUACUGGAUAUGCAUGAGAAUAGAGGCAGCAAACUUUUCAGGCUAAAUCAGAAUAAUAUAACACUAAGCACCACGUGGCGAUUUGGGAGGCGAUGACAAACGGCGUCGUUCGUUUCUGUCUUACCGAAGAAUGAAGAAGUUGGAUGGAGCUUUGGGGGCUGCAAUGAUGAUAAACUAUGAUUCCACGAGGCUUUAAAAAUCACAUGCCAAUCUCAAUAUUCUUCCCUCAAUCAUCAUCACUGUUGUAUUAUUCUCCAUUCCUUUCUGAGUUGUUUUUCAUUUUUCACUUUAUUAAUUAUUUUCCUUUUUUGAAAAUCUCAUUCAUUUUUAUUUUGUUUUUACUGUUAACCCUCUGUUUCAACCUUGGUACGCACCAACCUUCUCUCAAUUUCCUAAGUUUUGUAAAUAUUCUUCUCCAAAAAUAAUAAUAACAAAAAGGUUGAACUGCAGAUACCAUGAUUUUGGGUUUCUUUUGUAUUUUCGCUUUUUUCUUCAAGUUGUUUUACCACCUCCUAUGAUCUGGAUUCCAUUAUAUCAACACCCUUUUUUUCAAUUCUUUCAUUGGUGCUUUUAAUCGGGGAUUUUGGGACAAGGGUCGGUGAAAAUUUUGGAUUUUGCUUUGUGGGUACUGGGUGAUACGUUCUUGUGGUACUUGUGAUGAUCUUUUCUGAGCACUUGAGAAGAAGAUGGCUACGGAGGAAACAACACACUCUUGGACAUUGGGAGGACUUAUUGGAGCUUUUAUUGACCUUGUUAUAGCUUAUUUCCUGUUAUGUGGAUCAGCUUUUGCUUUCUUUGUGUCCAAAAUUUUCAGGUUUUUUAGCCUUUGUUUGCCUUGUCCCUGCAAAGGGAGUUUUGGGUUUAGGAAUAGUAGUUUCUGUGUGCAUAAGGUGCUGUUUGAAUGGCCUUCAAGGAAGAUAUAUUCCAUUCAAGUCAUGGCAGCUAAAAGGUUCCCUUUUGAUCUGAUUCGAGUGAAGGGUCAUUCAGGCAGUGCUAAUGAUGACCAAGUGGUUGCAGAGAGACCACAUGGUGAUAGGGUUGUUGAGUUGGAAGAUGAGGCAUCUUGUAGUUCAUGUUCAGGGCCACGUUUGGUCCCUUUUGUUGAUAGGGAAAACGUGUAUGAUCCUAAGGGGAAGAGGGUCAUGAGUAUGAAGAGAAGGUCCGGAGUUAGGCGCAGGAGGAGGGCUAGUUAUGAUUGUGGGAAAAUCUCAUCGGUUGUUCCUUGUGAUAAUCUACAACCUGAUGUUGUCCUCACUUCCUGCUUGCCUUGCGAUGGCAGUAUAAUUAGAGACAGAACCAAUGAAAGAAUAAAGUUUGGUUCAGGGAAAGAAGUUAGUGCACUUGGCAUUGAUGAUGCCCAAACGGGCAAUGAUUUGGAUGAGAAGACAUUUCAUAGUUAUGAAUUUAAUGAAUCGAUGGUUGAUAGUCCUGGACAGGACAAAUGUUCGUCAUCAUUGGAAAAGUACGGGAGUAAUGCACAAAACAAUGUUCAUAUUGUUGGAAAUGAAGAGGACCGUAUCAAGAUUUUAGAAAAUGCACUUGGAGAAGAGAAAGCUGCCUAUGCUGCUCUUUACCUUGAGCUAGAGAAGGAGAGAGCUGCAGCUGCUACUGCUGCUGAUGAAGCCAUGGCUAUGAUAUUGCGUCUACAGGAGGAGAAGGCAUCAAUGGAAAUGGAGAUGAGGCAAUACCAGAGGAUGAUAGACGAAAGAGUGGCUUAUGAUGAAGAAGAGAUGAAUAUUCUGCAAGAAAUCCUUAUAAGAAGGGAAAGAGAGAACCACUUUUUGGAAAAGGAGCUUGAAGCUUAUAGGCAGACGGAUUUGAAAGGAAGUGACCAAUCAUUUGACAAGCCAAAGGUGCAACUUGAUGAAUGGGGACGAAGUCCUCCAAUUUCAAUCGAAACAUUUGAAGAUCAAAGCACCAUAUCAAUUGCUAAGAAGGAUGAAAUGGCAGAUAUUUCCUCAAGUUAUAUGGUUGCUCAGACUUGUAUCCAUACAGAAGAUGGAGAAGAGCAAGAGAAAAACACAAAGCUCAAAGAUCAAGUGCAUGACAACCUGCAUAGCUCCUUUUACGAUACUGAACCUGAUGUUCUUGAUGUUCAUGUCAUUAAUGACAACAUAGAACUUAGGGAAGAGGAAAAUGAAAAGUUAAGUAGCUCUUCAUUGAGUACUGUUACAAAUGAACCCACAAAUAGAUCUCUUGAAUUUGGAAGUUUAGCAGUACAGAGUAGUAAUGUAGGGAGUCAUUGUCCGGGGGCAGGCAAGACUGAAAAUGGUAAUAGUGUUGAUGAUGGCUCGAGUAGUCAGUUAUCCAUGUUCUCAAGCUCAAGACGCAGAACUUUGCCUUUUGAUUAUGGAAGUGAUUCUUCAUGUGCAGUUCAUUAUGAAAAGUUAAAGAUUAGCAAUGAGAUCGAAAUUCUCGGAGAAAGGUUGAGGAUGUUAAAACAUGAGAAGGAAAAAUUGACUUUAAUUGCAGAGAAUGGAGAAGGUGAAAAGCGUCAGUUGAAGCUUUUGGAGGAGAUAGCAAACCAUCUUCAAAGGAUAAAACAGCUGAGAAACCCUAUACGUCGGGCUUCCUUGCCCCCUUCAUCAUCUAAGGUGAGCUUGAGGAAAAGACGCUGCCAAAGUGCGUCUUUGGGGACAUGUGAAAGCAACUAAAUCAUGUAAAGUAAGUGUCAUGAGGUUUUUAGCUUUGCUCCAUAGUAGCAUCCUUGGCUACUUGUAAAUGGCAAUCACCUUUGGUAGCAACUAGAAUUCAUCAGUAUUUCUUUUACCUCGUAGCAGUUUGUUUUUAUUUAUUAGUAUGUAAAUAAACAUUAUCAUAGUCCACUAGGCCAAAUAUAUAGUUAAAAGUACAGUUUUUGAAUUAUCCCACCUUGUUUUGUGUUUUGCCUUGGAGGGAUGUGGCACAAUUGAUGGAAUAUGAACUGUACAUAUCCUCUUUUCCCUUGUUCUUGUUGCUUCAGAUAUCAUGUCUAUUGCUUUUAUUUCUUCUUUAAGUAG